GUCAUGGCCGCAUUUGUAUUGUGAGUCUUGGACGUUGACGAGGAGGAUCCUAACAAUGGAAUAGAGAUGCUACAGAAGGAUCCUAGGUAUCAUAUUCAAAGACUGCAUCACAAACCAAGAGAUAAGAGACAGGGUUACCGCAACAAUUGGACCCCAUGAUGACCUGCUAACUAGCGUUAAAAAAUUUAUAUUCAUAUUAAAAAAUCAUCGGGGCUCGCAAAGCCCUUCCUUUAGGGAACAGUACCAAUAAAAAAAAAAAGAAGAAGAGGCAGACAGAGAAAGCGAUGGGAGGACAACAUAAAAGAAUUGACGGGCCUGUCAUUGAAAGAGGUUCUAAAGCAAAAGACAUAGAGAAAUGGAGAAAGACUGUCGACGAAUCUUGCCUGGUGCCCCAACGGUCCAACAGACUAAGGAAUAGGUAAAGGUAAAAAGUAAAUGAAAAAAAGCAAUAUUUCACUUGGAUACGAAACCCAGUUGCAGCCUUCAUAUUUUGUUACAUCUAGUGUCGACAAAUCCUUUUUUUUUGUAGAGUGUUCUUGAGUUAUAGAUAAAUUUAGGAAAUUUAAUGAGUAGCAAUAUAGGAACCAUACGUGUAGUUUGACAAAGACAGAAACUACAAGAUUAGAGAUACUCUAAGAAUAGUGACAAGAGAGACACUCAAGUUAGUAGAGCGGAAGACAUUAGUCCAUGUAAAUAAAUCUGUUCAACUUAUUAACACUUUUUUUUUAAUCCCUUGAGAGCGCCUGAGAAGCCGAGCAUGAGGAUUGAGUGAUCUAAGUAGGAGCAUAACUGUCUAUUUAAGUUUCCUUUUCGUAUUCGGCUCCUGUGGGUUAGGCCUUCUUCUGUCAGCUUUAUUCUCCCAUGCCAGUUAGGGCAAAAUGGAAUCUGAUUUAAUUUAAUAUGUUAUAAUUAUUUAGUAAUAUUAUACUAAUAUUAUUAUUUCAAAUAGGUAAAAAAAAACACUCAUGAUAUCACAAUUUACUUAUCCAUUUAGUUAUGACUUGCUUACAAAUCUGAAAGAACAUAUCCAAACCAUAUCCAGGACAAAUCCUUAACCUAUGUUCUAAUAACGGAAUCCUAAUUUCUCUCAGGGAUUGCUUUUGGUGAAACAAUGUGCCGAACAAACGGGAAGAGCUCUUCUGUGAUAGAAGAUCGCCAAGAAGAUCGCUAUUCUAUCUCUACUUCUCAAACGGUAGCACAUGAACUGGCACAUGGGCCUUGCAUCUAAGAAAGUUGCAGAAGAAAGUAUGGAAAAGGCUGCAAGGGAAGUGAAAGAAAAGGUUGGAAUCAGCAACGAAGAAGGCAUCACUGACUGCGGUGUGAGCAUUGAUGGGACAUGGCAGCGUCGAGGGCACUCGAGCCAUCAUGGCGUUGUUACAGCCAUAUCAAUAGAAACAGGUGAUGCUGGAGUCAUAAACAGUACGAUACAGAGGUGGAACAAAACUGGAGUUUUAGUUCGUAUGUUUGUAGAACUUGGCAUCUACUCCAGACAUUAUUCUGAAGAACUCUCAAGUCAAAGAAAAGAAGAAAUGUUUAUGGUUAAGGACUUGGGCUCCAAUUAUACUUACACUUCAAAAGCUUACUUUGAAAGAGUUGUGCCUACAUAUGAAUUAAAUGUUCAGGCAAUGAGUAAUAAAAGCAUUCCGUUUCUGUUCUAUCCUCCAUCUUCACCUACCCCUGAGUCUGUUGGGGCACUUCACAUGAUGUCCAUUGUCUUUCUCCAUUCCUCUCUUGUCUUUUGCCUUGACUAGAUAGAAUCUCUUUCGAUGAAGCCUGUCUUCUUUAAUGUUUUUCUUCCCAAUGCUUUUUCUGUUUUUCCCUUGUACCCCUUUCCUUGCAGGAAGGUCUUUUCAAAUCUUGAAGACCUCUAUUUAUACAGUUUAAGUUUGCUUUUUCUCGCUGUAGUCUUCAGGACAUCAUGGGCCCAGUUGCCAUUGUGAUCCUGUAUUGAAUUUCCUUAUUUGUGAUGCCGUCGUUGAAAGUAUACAUAGGAACUUUCUAUAGUAUCUAGAUUCCAUGGCUAGGAUUCUCCUCUCUAGAUGUACUGUUAGAA